AUGUGGGUGGGUUUGUGUAUUUGUAUAUGUGUUACGUAACUGUGCAAGUAUACAAGUGUGUGAAUGCGUGUACAUGUAUGUAAACAUUUGUGUAUGACGUGUGCUUGUAUAAAGAGAAAUAGCUGUUCUGACACAGUGGCUUGGAUAGACUAAUGGCGACAACGUGUUCUUUGCCUCGCUCGUCCUCCAGUGUGAUACGGCGGAAACAGUAUGCAGGGUGAAAGUGAAGUGCACUGUACUGUGUAAUGACGGUGCCACUGUUUCGGUGACGUAGUUACUUAAGGUACUAUUAUACUGUGCGCUGAGACCUUUAUGUGAAUCUUAUUACGUUCGUUAGCGUUGUUAAUCACAUCGAUACAAACCUACUGUGUACAUCGUUGCUAGUAAUUCACAUUAAUGAAACACGAUAAACAAAUGCUAAACGGUGAAAAGACAAAAUGAUUUUCAACACAGAAGAAUACUUGAAAUGUGAAGAUGAGUUCUUUCACAAUAGCUUGCUCCCGGGAACGUACUCGACAGCAAUAAACGGGCGAAAAAACAACAGGAGGAUUAUUGCACAAGAGAGCGGCUUGCAAUUGAAACUAAGGGUGUGCCGGUGAACUGCAGACACUGUUAGAGCAAACGGCAACUGCUAUUUUUUCCACCGAGGGCUAAAAGGGGUAGGCGUGAACAGCGCUGCCCCAAGAAGCCAAGACACACUCACUCUUGUCCAUGUUUCCAGCACAGCCCGAGGACUGGACCAAGCCGUCGCGAACGAGGGACCCGACGGGCACUAACCUGGAGCGCCCCGCCCCUCCCACCCCCGCGCCCACCACUCCCUCCCCGCGGCCCCCCUCCGCUGCCCAGCCCCGCCACCACCUCCGCCGCAAUUACCAUCCUUACGUCUCCUCCUCCGCCUCCGCCUCCGCCUCCGCCAUCUCCAGCCCUGCCAGACCCCGCGUCCCCGUGUGCAAGGAGCCGUCCGCGGUCAAGGUGUGCGUGGACCUCGACACCACUCAAUGGUACAAGCCUCCCCGGCCUCCCAAGGACAAGAUUCGACGAAUGAAGUCCUCGCCAGCUGACGAAACCACGCCGCUGCUCUGGGCCCCUUCCAAGGACGCGCAGGGGGAUCCCUUGUGGAGACGCUCCUAUACUGAUUCUGAAGGUGAGAAAGACCGCGGUAGCACGACAAGCUCCACGCGCAUGCGCAUUAAAGGCGACCGCGACAAGAUGACGAUGAGGAGCGAGGCGCUGAGAUACUGGCGCUCCAUACAUAACAAGUACUCGCUCCUCAAUGGGUUCACUCGACAACGACGCAACGCAAUGGUAAAGAAGCAGCGCCAGAGGAUUAAGGACAGGAACAACAUGUCCAUCGUGUUCGUCCUUGUGUUCUUGUUGGUGUUCCUGGCGAUCCUCAUCGCCGAGGUGUUCUUCAUCGACGAGCACCGGUCGGGGAUGCUCUUCAUGGGCAAGCGCCCGCAGGACUUCGACUCCAUGGGCGACAUCCCUGACUACUUCAUGGACGACAAGAAGCUCGUGGGGCAGCUGGAGAUCGACACGUACAGGCGGCAGGAGCUGUCCGUGAAAGGCAAGACGGGCAACGAGGAGCGCUUCUUCAGGAAGAACGUGGACGAGACGCACCUCAUGGCCAGAGUGACGGGGAAUCUGGUCAAGUCCGUCCACGGCAUCGCCAAGGUGGACUGGCUGAAUAUGCUGGGCUUGAAGGAAGUGGACUACUUCGGCAACAACAGCACGGCGACGGACGGCCAGUGGGAGCCGGUCUACCACACCAAACACAAGUUCUUCGUCUACUCGGCCUACUACGACGACCGCAAGGGCAGGAUCAUCAGGGUCAUCGGGGCCACGCAGACCAAGAAGAGCGACCGCGUAUGGUGCAAAUACUGGUACUCGAACUCCAGCACGCUGAUCGUCAACGGCGCCAUCAAGAUCAUCCGAGAGAACUGGAACCUGAAGUUCUCGGCGUGCUUCAUCGCGUGUCCGCUGACCAUCUACAAGAACGGGAAGCAGCCGAUUCCGCCGCCCGAGAGCGUGUCGGUCAUGGCGGACCCCGGCGGGAACGCCACCAACAAGCUCCGCGUCAUGAACCUCGACGUCAACAAGGAGGGGGUGCGAGACAGCUUCGCCGUGUGCGUGAAGCCUCUGCAUUUCGACUAUAACAACGUGAAUCAGAUGAUCGAGUUCAUCGAGCUCAACAAGAUUCUGGGCGUGGAGCACUUCACUCUGUACAACCACACCAUCGGCAAGGAGGUGGACUGCAUCCUCAAGUCGUACGCGGACCAGGGCGUCAUCAACAUCUUGCCUUGGAAACUCGACAUGAAGUCACAGAAGGAAAUCCGGACGGAGGGUCUCUUCGCCGCCCUCAACGACUGCCUCUAUCGCUACAUGUACCAGUACAAGUACAUUCUAAUGAUCGACCUGGACGAAUACAUCGUGCCCCACACCAACACGAGUCUGCCAGAGCUGAUGCGGUACCUGCACACCAAGGCCGACGCGAGAAAGAUCGGGGCCAUUAGCUUCCAGAACUCCUUCUUCUACCUGCAGUGGCCGGACGACCCGAACAGCGCGUCUCUGCCUCCUCUCGUCACGCUCAGGAAGACCCGCCGGCGCCAGAGGUUCCACCCGCACAAGCAGAGGUCGAAGUACAUUGCCGUCCAGCCUUUCGUCGUGGAAGCCGGAAACCACUUCGUCUGGGAAUUUCUCCCUGGGAAGGGCACGCUCAACGUCCCCAACGAGGUGGCCUUCUUGCACCACUACCGCGUGUGCGAGUUCGGCGGCGACGACUGCGUCAGGAACCCCCGGACGACCGACGUCUCCAUGUAUCGCUACAAGGACCGGCUCGUCAAGUCCUACUCGACCAACAUGGCUCAGCUCGGCAGGGUGUGUGGCGUUGAGGCGUCCAGCAAGGAAAAGGCAUUAUGGACUCUGCAGUAAAGCGUUUCAGCCAUCGCUUGGUAAACAUUUUAUUAAUGAAGCCACGAUAAAGCAAAUGUUUAAACAAUAUCACAUUAUGUUAUAUACAAUAUAACUUGCGAUGUUAUAAGUAACUGCCAUAUGUUUUAUUAUAAAAAAAGUAAAUGACAAUGCGUUUUAGUCCGGAACUAAAACCAAAAGCGAGAACAAAACAAAAUGAAACUAUUUAUCUUUUAACUUAGAUAAAACAAUUUCGUCGCUACUUGUAAGAAAAAAAACUUUAUUCGAAAGUUAUGAAAUACUACAUUAUAAAACUAAAGUACGCAGACGUAAUAACGCGAACCAAACAAAAAAGAAAAAAAAAAUGAAAAGAAAAGAAAAGAAAAAACGCCCUAUCAGUUUUGCCUUUCAUUAACAACAUCGAAUCUCCUUAAGGGCAUACACUAGCUACUGUCAUUCGCUCAAGGACAAACGUAAGAGUCGAAUUCAGCGACCGCUAUUUCUGCCUUCACUUGAAAUCUGAUGUUCAUUUGUUUCCUUUGUUUAUAUUGGACAUCGCUGCGCAAGGUUCCCGGAUGAGGCUGAUUCGCUCUAUGCUUGUCUUUUUUUUCGAUGAAUUCGAUGAAUGUCGAAACUCUCCCUUUUCUUAUACUUGCUAAUCACUCCAGGUCUUUUAUUUCGCUUUUUCCUUGCCUUCUCUCUACUAAUUCAGAAAGAAAAAAAAACAGAAAACGUAAGAUGAUAGUUAACAAGUGCUGUUGAAUUAGGGUAAUUAGGUAAAACAGAGGCUGACAUUGUUUUUGUUCCAUCAGCCCCUUUUUUGUGAUAAGUGGACAAAAUGGCCUGAGGGAUGUUAACUGUGAUCAUUAGAAAAAAAAAAGAGAAUACAGAUCAUACUAUAUUUUGGGAUUCGAAAAUAUUUUUGAUUCUAGAACUUCUUUUAAGAAACGCCACAUGUAGUGUAGGUGAACAGCAUAUGCCAGCUACCGUCAGAUAUAACAAAAUAUUUGUAUAAAAAAGAAAAGAGUUCGUUCCCGUCAGUAUGAUCAGUAGACUUGAAAGUAAGAGAGCAAGAUGAAAUUGAAAGUAUGCAUGUAUUAGAAGAAAAAAAAAAAGUGUGAGAUAGAGACCGCUGUCCCAAAAUGCGGUUUCCAGCUGGUGUUAUUUUCGGGGGUGGGGGUAUGGGAGAGGGGGUGAGGGUGGGGGUGGGGGAGGGGGUAGUGGAUGGGGGGUGGGGUAACGGGGAGGGUAUAUUGCGGGAAUGUUCUCAUUAUUCUUAUUCUUUGUAAUUUGCGAUUCUGUGUGCUCAACUGUGAUUUAGCGCAAAUUUUAUCAAGUAGUGGAUAGGAUGCCAAUAACCUUUCAUUUUACAAGCUUUAAAUCCCAUGCGUUGCAACUUCAUAAAUCUAUUUUUGGCUUAUCGAUACACUAGAUCUAUGGAGUCAAGUCCUUUAUCUUCGUCUUUCCCUAAAUAUUGGAGAAACAAACUAACUAAAUUCAGUUCACGCACAAUCCAAAAUUAUGCAUAUCACACCAUUUCACCAUCGAAGGGAAGGCACUAUCUGCAAUAUUAGAAUCUGUGCAAUAAAUUGGUUUAAGAAAUAAAACACUAUUGUUCAACCAAAGCUUUUGAGAUUGGCCAAAGAUAUUCGAGGACUAAUAUUUGUCUUCGUUUUAACCCUCAGAAGCAUGGUACCCACAUGUUAUUCAUUAGUGUUGUUAAAGACCACGAAAGAUUGAAAGUUACUGCAAGAAAAAUAAAAUAAAACAAAGAGUUCAGACAUCAGGCGUAUUGAACGUGGUUAUGUCGAUAUUACAUAUGCAAAUAUAACUUUCUUAAUCGGAAGCACGGCUAUUAAGGCCUUUUUUUCAUAUUAUUUGAACUAUAUUCAAUAUUUACGUUUUUGGUGCUGCCAUAAUUUGCGAUAUUUCACCCCCCAAUGUUUUACAAUCGAGGAAAGAAUUUUAUAUAAAUGGAAUUAAAAUGUUCUGCUAAU